UGGAAAGUCGGUAUUUCUUGUGUAAGUUUAAAAAAAAUGUUUCUUUUGAAGUUUUCUUGCGGUUGGUUUAAGUAGUUGUUGACAACUUGGUUUCGUUCACCAUACGUAGUAGUAGCAGCAGCAGUAGUAUUAGUUGCAGUUGCUGAUGUUGAAGUUAAUAAUCAAGUUUACUUGAAGCUUUAGCUUGCUUCUUGUUUUGGGCUUCAUUGUUCAUUUCCUACCAGAUGCUAGAUCCGAGUUGUGAAAUACAAGCUAUUCACCCAUUUUCUUAGAAGUAUAUGUUAUACGAACUGCAUUACUUCAUGUUUUCUACUUCGUUUCCUUUGUAUAUUUUUCUAUUUGGUUGCUGAGAAAAUGCAUGGAAAACAGGAAAGAAAGGGGCUUGCUUAACCGGGUUAUGAGUUCUUGUUUAGAUCAUUCAGAGAAGCCCUGCAUCACUCUGUUACUGUAAAUUAUAGAAUGGUUUUCGAUUCUUUAGUCUCUUUUCCUAUUAAUUAGAGCUUAUCUUCCAUAUAUUCUUCAUCAGAUAAGUUCCUCUGAGGCCUAGUACAAAAGGCCUAUGAAAAUUUCCCAAAAGCCAUAUAUUUCGCUUUAGAGUUUGUUGUUUGACCUAUACUUUUCUUUGUUUUCCAACCAUUUGCUAUCUCUUUCAUACACUGUAGUUCAUUUCAUUUAAACCAGAAAAUGCAGAAGACUCCCCAGGCUGUGGAUUUCGCUUUAAAGGAGACCUCACCGAAUAUCGGUGCAGGUUCUACUGUGACAGGUGAUAAGCUUUCAUGCACCUAUGAUCUUGUUGAGCAAAUGCAAUACCUUUAUGUCCGAGUGGUCAAAGCCAAGGAUUUACCUGGAAGAGAUGUCACCGGUAGUUGUGAUCCCUAUGUUGAAAUAAAACUUGGAAACUACAAGGGAGUUACUAAGCAUUUUGAGAAGAAGUCUAACCCUCAAUGGAAUCAGGUUUUUGCCUUCUCUAAAGAGCGGAUUCAAGCUUCAGUUUUGGAAGUGGUCGUGAAGGAUAAGGACUUUGUGGUGGAUGAUUUCAUUGGAAAGGUGAUAUUUGAACUCAAUGAAGUUCCGAAACGGGUACCGCCAGAUAGCCCCUUGGCACCGCAGUGGUAUAUGUUGAAGGACCGGAAGGGGGACAAGGCUAAAGGAGAGAUAAUGCUGGCUGUUUGGAUGGGAACUCAAGCGGAUGAGGCAUUUUCGGAUGCAUGGCAUUCUGAUGCUGCCUCAGUUGGCACUGAAGGUGUUAACAAGAUUCGAUCCAAGGUAUACCUUUCCCCAAAGCUAUGGUAUGUGAGGGUAAAUGUGAUUGAAGCCCAAGACUUGGUACCUAGUGAUAAGAGCAGGUAUCCAGAAGUUUUUGUGAAGGUUAUCCUCGGAAAUCAGGCAGUGAGGACUAGAACAUCACAAAGUAAAAGUGUUAAUCCGAUGUGGAAUGAGGAUUUGAUGUUUGUUGCUGCUGACCCAUUUGAGGAACCCUUGAUCCUCACUGUGGAAGAUAGAGUGGGACAGGGCAAAGAUGAAGUCUUGGGCAAGUGUAUGAUUCCUUUACAAAAUAUACAGAGGAGGCUGGACCAUAAGCCUGUGAACACUAGGUGGUUUAAUCUUGAGAAGUAUGUAAUCGUAGAUGGGGAGAAGAAGGAGACCAAAUUUGCAAGCAGGAUUCAUUUGAGGCUGUCUUUGGAUGGUGGGUAUCAUGUUUUGGAUGAAUCAACACACUAUAGUAGUGACCUUAGGCCAACGGCAAAGCAACUGUGGAGGCCAAGCAUUGGGAUUUUCGAGCUAGGAGUUAUAAGUGCCAUGGGACUUAUGCCGUUGAAGACCAAAGAUGGCCGGGGAACCACAGAUGCUUAUUGUGUUGCUAAAUACGGACAGAAAUGGGUACGCACAAGGACAAUUAUUGAUAGCUCCUCUCCAAGGUGGAAUGAGCAGUACACAUGGGAAGUUUUUGAUCCAUGCACUGUCAUUACAGUUGGGGUUUUUGACAAUGGCCAUAUACAUGGAGAUGGGAAGGAUUUAAGAAUUGGGAAGGUGAGGAUUCGUCUAUCGACACUUGAAGCUGACCGGGUUUACACACAUUCAUAUCCUCUCAUUGUCCUGCAGCCUUCAGGAGUGAAGAAAAUGGGUGAAGUUCAGCUAGCAGUUAGGUUCACUUGCUCAUCUUUGAUCAACAUGUUGCACAUGUAUUCACACCCAUUACUGCCCAAAAUGCACUACAUUCAUCCAUUGUCUGUAAUUCAGCUUGACAACUUGAGGCACCAAGCAAUGCAGAUUGUCUCCAUGAGGCUGAGCCGGGCAGAGCCACCGUUGAGGAAAGAAGUUGUGGAGUAUAUGCUAGAUGUGGAUUCACACAUGUGGAGUAUGAGGAGAAGCAAGGCUAACUUUUUCAGAAUAAUGGGAGUCCUAAGUGGCUUGAUUGCAGUUGGGAAAUGGUUUGAUCAGAUUUGCCAUUGGAAGAAUCCUCUUACAACCAUUUUAAUCCACAUCCUUUUCAUAAUACUGGUUCUUUACCCUGAGCUAAUACUUCCCACAAUUUUUCUCUACCUUUUCUUGAUUGGGAUUUGGAACUUCCGGUGGAGGCCAAGACACCCUUCUCACAUGGACACACGGCUAUCUCAUGCAGAUGCUGCCCAUCCCGAUGAGCUAGAUGAAGAGUUCGACACAUUCCCAACUUCCAAGUCAUCAGAUAUUGUGAGGAUGAGAUACGACCGGCUGAGAAGUAUAGCAGGAAGGGUUCAGACGGUGGUUGGGGAUUUGGCAACACAAGGGGAAAGGUUUCAGUCCCUGCUGAGUUGGAGAGACCCAAGAGCGACCACUCUGUUUGUAAUUCUAUGUUUAGUUGCUGCAGUUGUUCUCUAUGUGACACCAUUCCAAGUUGUUGGCCUUCUUAUAGGAAUUUAUGUUUUAAGGCAUCCCAGAUUCCGCCAGAGAGUUCCAUCAGUUCCUCUCAACUUCUUUAGGAGGUUGCCUGCUAGAUCAGACAGCAUGUUGUAAAAACAACUUUUCGCCUCCACCGCAUUUGAUCCAUGUCAUCCCUAUUGGAGAUAUUAUUGUUUCUUUUGAUUGGUGGUAAAUGAUCUUGAUUAUGUGUACUUUAAAUUCAAUGAAAUUGCAGCCUGCUUUUAAA